GCCGCCCUCUCCCCCGAGCGUCGAGACAAGAUGCUGCCCGGGCUCAGGAGCCUGCUGCAAGGUCCCGCCUCGGCCUGCCUCCUGCUGAUGCUCCUGGCCCUGCCCCCAGCAGCCCCCAGCUGCCCCAUGCUCUGUACCUGCUACUCGUCCCCGCCCACCGUGAGCUGCCAGGCCAAUAACUUCUCGUCGGUGCCGCUGUCCCUGCCGCCCAGCACGCAGCGCCUCUUCCUGCAGAACAACCUCAUCCGCACGCUGCGGCCAGGCACCUUCGGGCCCAGCCUGCUCACCCUGUGGCUCUUCUCCAACAACCUCUCCACCAUCUACCCGGGCACCUUCCGCCACCUGCAGGCCCUGGAGGAGCUGGACCUCGGUGACAACCGGCACCUGCGCUCUCUGGAGCCCGACACCUUCCAGGGCCUGGAGCGGCUGCAGUCGCUGCACCUGUACCGCUGUCAGCUCAGCAGCCUGCCCAGCAACAUCUUCCGUGGCCUGGUCAGCCUGCAGUACCUCUACCUCCAGGAGAACAGCCUGCUCCACCUACAGGAUGACCUGUUCGCGGACCUGGCCAACCUGAGCCACCUCUUCCUCCACGGGAACCGCCUGCGGCUGCUCACGGAGCACGUGUUCCGCGGCCUGGGCAGCCUGGACCGGCUGCUGCUGCACGGGAACCGGCUGCAGGGCGUGCACCGCGCGGCCUUCCGCGGCCUCAGCCGCCUCACCAUCCUCUACCUGUUCAACAACAGCCUGGCCUCGCUGCCGGGCGAGGCGCUGGCCGACCUGCCGGCGCUCGAGUUCCUGCGGCUCAACGCCAACCCCUGGGCGUGCGACUGCCGCGCGCGGCCGCUCUGGGCCUGGUUCCAGCGCGCGCGCGUGUCCAGCUCCGACGUGACCUGCGCCUCCCCGCCCGAGCGCCAGGGCCGCGACCUGCGCGCGCUCCGCGAGGCCGACUUCCAGGCCUGCCCGCCCGCCGCGCCCACGCGGCCCGGCAGCCGCGCGCGCGGCAACAGCUCGUCCAAUCACCUGUACGGCGUGGCCGAGGCCGGGGCGCCCCCCGCCGACCCCUCCACCCUCUACCGCGACCUGCCCGCCGAAGACCCGCGGGGCCGCCAGGGCGGGGACGCGCCCACCGAGGACGACUACUGGGGCGGCUACGGCGGCGAGGACCAGCGGGGCGAGCAGACGUGCCCCGGCGCUGCCUGCCAGGCGCCGCCGGACUCCCGCGGCCCCGCGCUCUCGGCCGGGCUCCCCAGCCCUCUGCUUUGCCUCUUGCUCCUGGCGCCCCACCACCUCUGACUGCGGUGCCGAGACUGAAGAGGCCGGUGUGUCCUCCCCCUCCACCCCCCACCCCCACCCCCCAUCCCCCGCUGCCGCUCUGGCCCAUCCCCGCCCUUGCGGCCUUGGGGCCUUGUUGCCUUCUUUCCCCUCCCAGCUCCUCUCUUCCCCUGGGACCAGGCCACCUCUCCCUGCCUCCCGAGCUGCUGACUUCUGGCAGCCCCAGGAGGGCCUGUCCGGUGGCUCAGCCCUCUUCUCCCUAGCUCUGGCCAUUAAUACCCGUCGCCAUCCCAAGGCUGGGUGGGCACCGCAGGCAGCCGCUGCCCCUCCCCCAGUGCCCGCAGUGGACUCGGGACGGGCUUUGUCUGCAGAGCAUCUCCCACCAGCACAGCCUUCGGAAGCUCCCGGGAAGGGAGCCCCGUCCAGGAGCCCUUUGGAGGGUUGCCUCAGUCGGGGCCAGGCUAACCCUCGGCCCCUGCUUAUCCUAGCCCCCCCUCAACCUCCCGACACUGGAGAAAUACUUUUCUCCUAAGUCUACCCUGGUCACUUUUUAGGGUGCCUGGAGAGAACUUUCCUCUCCGCCAUGGCCCCUGUGUGGUGAAGAUCAACAGAAGUUGUUUGGGAAAAAAAAUUUAUUAAAAAAUUCUAUUAUUUUA